AUGAAGCUGGUGAUGAUGGACGUCGAGGAGCCCACCACCACCCAGGCCGGCCAAGAGUUGGUCCGCCCGUCGUCGCUAUCGACCAAGAGGAAGAACAAGAACAACAACAUGAAGAAGACGAAGACGAAGAAGAGAAAGGCCGUCGAGAAGAAAGUUGACAGACGAGAAGGCCAGGAGAACGACGAGUCGGAGCCGGAGACCGCCUCUGCCACGUCAGCCGCUGCCCAGGCUCGGAGCUCGUCAUGCCACGUCAGCAGCGAAGUAGCGGCCGCCCGCGCCCUCGAGAUCGAGGGGGGCGAGUCCAAGGACACGGACGCCGUGGAGGCCCUGAUGUCCCUCCACCACCCCCAUAGCGACUGGGCCGACGUGGCCACCACGCGUCGCCCGGCCCACAAGAAGCUCAAGAGGUCUUCAUCUUCGAUUUCUUCAUCAUCUUUAUCUCCAUCUUCUUCUUCUACAACUUCGUCAUCCCCACCGCGCGACCUGGCGGACACCGACAGCGAGACCGACACGACGAGCCAUCCCGUCUCCUCGCCAGCGGCCGCUCAUGACCAUCACCAUCGUGUUGCGACGAACGCGCUCGUCGAGGCCGUUGAGCCCGCCAAAGACGACGAGGCCGUGGUCAUGAUCGACGACGGCGAGCUGCGACCAAGUGAAGACGUCAAGGAGGAAGACCUCGCUGUGAUCGCCAAGGAGGAGCCGCAGCUGCCCAGAGCCGUGCGGAUCACGUCGCGCGCGCACCUGGUGCUGCACCAGCUCUACCUCCGCAAGCGGCCCUGCGACAUCAUCAACGUCUUCGUCUUCUUCGUCGUCUUCACAGUCAUCAUCAUCGCCGUCUGCGUGUUCAUCCACCAUCGCCGCCACCAGCGUCCCGCUGCACUCAAUGGCGGCCUCGCCUGCGACUCUUCCGCUGACGUCAGCAGCCUCGUUACCACGACGGGGCCGCCUUCAGCCUCCAUCAUCGUCCGCCGUACCUCGCCCGACUUCUGCCCACCUCCUCCGAUCUCCGGCUUCCUCUUCUUCGACUUCGACUUCUACAGCCUCGAGCUCAGCGCCGACGAUUCCGGCAGCAGCCGCUCAUUUGUCUUCGUCUUCUUCUCUCUUUUCUUCGUCGUCGUCAUCAACCACGUCACCACUGACUUCGUCGUCAGCGCCAACUCCGGCGACGACGACGACAACGACAGCGCCGUGGCCGACGCUGGGCGGCGCGAUCCCGUGCCUCACCCUACCGCCCUCGGUCCCCGAACACCGACGACGCGCGGAGAGAAAGAAACGUAA